UGUCACUUUCCGUCAAGCUCAUUAGUAACUUGCAAAGGAAUCGAGAACAUUGAUAAAACCACGGUAAAAGUUACAAAAUAUCAAAAAAAGAUCAUGGCGGGAAUCUAUACUCUUCUGUGUCUUGCCAUAACUACGAUAACGUUUAAUAACGUAAUCGCAGUUGAUUACUGCAACUUGGAAUCAUGUUCACAGAGAGGUUCACAUACUAUGUGUAGAUAUCCUUCAUCAUCCCCAUCAAAUGCAUGCAGACAAUGGAGUAAUAAUGGUCUUACUGAGGCUGAGAAAAACACUAUAGUGAAAAGACAUAACGAACUGAGACAGAGAGUCGCAUCGGGUCAGGAAAGCAGAGGAAAUCCAGGUCCACAACCUCCGGCAGUUAGCAUGCCAGCUUUGGUAUGGGAUGACGAACUAGCAACAAUAGCGCAAAGAUGGGCUAAUCAAUGUAAUUUUAAUCACGAUACGUGCAGAAAUGUGGACAGAUUUGCAGUUGGUCAAAACAUAGCUAUGACAUACAAUUCGGGCGACAACAACUCGCCUAUGGAAUCUUUUGUCGAUAUGUGGUAUGAUGAAGUAGAUAAAUUUGAUAGGAAUAAAGUUGAUUAUUAUGAAUUUGAACCAAGUACAGGCCACUAUACUCAAGUGGUUUGGGCUAAUACGAAGACAAUCGGUUGCGGACGAAUUAAGUAUAAGGAAUCAAAUGGCUGGAAUGCGAAUUACUUAGUUUGCAAUUAUGGCCCAUCCGGAAAUUAUAUAGGUCAAAAAAUAUAUCAAAGGAAAUAAAUAUACCGAAGGAAAUAAAUCUAAUCGAUAUACUAUACAGAUACAAUAGAAAAAAGAUUUCAUAAAAUCUGGGAAAAUAAAUACAAAAUUGUAAUGUUUUAUUGCUAGAAAAAUAAAAAGAAGCAUAAUAUAUA